AUGGUGGCUGCCAAAAGGAAACGGCAUGGAGACUUGCCGAUUCAGAACAACAGGCCGAAAAAGAGCAAAAAAGAUUCCAGGCCACCUCCUAAGCUGCAAAACACGGCAAAGGAGGCGGAGGAGGACGAGAAAGACCGUAUCCCAGGACCCGUCUGCAAGGGCAAAUGGAAGAAUAAAGAACGGAUUCUCAUUUUUUCUUCCAGAGGAAUAAAUUUCAGAACAAGACACUUAAUGCAAGACUUAAGAACGUUGAUGCCUCAUUCUAAAGCAGAUACUAAAAUGGAUCGUAAAGAUAAAUUAUUUGUGAUUAAUGAGGUCUGUGAAAUGAAAAACUGCAAUAAAUGUAUCUAUUUUGAGGCCAAGAAAAAACAGGAUUUAUAUAUGUGGUUUUCAAAUUCACCUCAUGGGCCAUCUGCUAAAUUCCUUGUUCAAAAUAUUCAUACUCUAGCUGAACUAAAGAUGACUGGAAACUGUUUGAAAGGUUCUCGGCCCCUUUUGUCUUUUGACCCUGUGUUUGAUGAACUGCCACAUUAUGCUUUGUUAAAAGAACUUUUAAUUCAGAUCUUUUGUACACCACGGUAUCAUCCCAAAAGUCAGCCAUUUGUGGAUCAUGUGUUUACUUUCACCAUUUUGGAUAAUAGGAUAUGGUUUCGGAACUUUCAGAUUAUAGAGGAAGACGCUGCACUUGUAGAAAUAGGACCUCGUUUUGUCUUAAAUCUUAUAAAGAUAUUCCAGGGAAGUUUUGGAGGACCAACUUUAUAUGAAAAUCCUCACUACCAGUCACCAAAUAUGCAUCGCCGUAUCAUGAGAUCCAUCUCAGCUGCAAAAUACAAAGAGAAACAGCAAGUGAAAGAUGUGCAGAAGCUGAGAAAGAAAGAACCAAAGACUAUUCUACCACAUGAUCCCACUGCAGAUGUUUUUGUUAUACCAGCUGUAGAAAAACCAAUAGAAAUUGAGUGGGUGAAACCAGAGCCAAAAGUGGAUUUGAAAGCAAGAAAGAAAAGGGUAUAUAAAAGGCAAAGAAAAAUGCAACAGAAGAUAAACAGCGGGAAGGCAAAAUGAAUGAAUGGAUAGCCAUGUAUUUAACUUGUAUCCAGUAUGUAAAUAUUUUUAUUAUCCAGGAUUUUCUAAUUAGUGUGUCAUUUAAAAAGAAAAAAAAAUUAAAUGUUGAGAAUUUUUUAAAUGGAUUUAGUGAUGUCUACAUGUUUCUAAGUAAAACAUCAUCAGAACGUAUCAUUU